UGUGCGCGUGGAGCAGAGUUACUCUUCGCCUGCCUUUGGGUUUUGCUGGUCCGCGGCGACAGUGGUGCGGUGGCUGCGACCGGAGCCCAGGAAGAGUAGGAGCCCUUAGAGGAGAGGCACAUCCCUGCGUCCUGGUCUCAGACCUCAGACGCCGUGGCCCGCGGGUUAUGGCCAAAGGAGAGGGCUCCGAGAGCGGCUCCGCGGCGGGGCUGCUGUCCCCCAGCAUCCUCCAAGCCGGCGAACGCCAGGCCCAGGUGAAGAAGGAACCAAAGAAGAAACAGCAGUUGUCAGUUUGCAACAAGCUCUGCUAUGCAGUUGGAGGGGCCCCCUACCAGGUGACAGGCUGUGCCCUGGGCUUCUUCCUGCAGAUCUACCUGUUGGACGUAGCUCUGGUGGACCCUUUCUCUGCCUCCAUCAUCCUGUUUGUGGGCCGAGCCUGGGAUGCCUUCACGGACCCUCUGGUGGGCUUCUGCAUUAGCAAAUCCUCCUGGACCCGCCUGGGUCGCCUCAUGCCCUGGAUCAUCUUCUCCACACCACUGGCUGUCGUCGCCUACUUCCUCAUCUGGUUCGUGCCCGACUUCCCACGGGGGCAGGCCCUUUGGUACCUGAUUUUCUAUUGCCUCUUUGAGACAUUGGUCACGUGCUUCCAUGUUCCCUACUCGGCACUUACCAUGUUCAUCAGCACUGAGCAGAGUGAGCGGGACUCAGCCACGGCCUAUCGGAUGACCGUGGAGGUUCUGGGCACAGUGCUGGGCACAGCGAUCCAGGGACAGAUCGUAGGCCAAGCGAAUGCGCCUUGUCUCCAGGACCCCAGUGACUCUGCACUGGCCUCAGAAAGCAGCAAUCGCACGCACAGCAUCUCCUCACUCAGACAAACGCAAAAUGCAUACCUGCUCGCAGCGGGGGUCAUUGGCUCCAUCUACGUGGUCUGUGCUGUCAUCCUGACCCUGGGCGUGCGGGAGCGGAGAGAGCCCUGUGAGACCCAGCAGGCUGAGCCAGUGCCCUUCUUCCGGGGCCUUCGGCUGGUCAUGAGCCAUGGCCCAUACGUCAAGCUCAUUGCUGCCUUCCUCUUUACCUCCCUGGCGUUCAUGCUGGUGGAAGGGAACUUUGCUCUGUUUUGCACCUACACCCUGGGCUUCCGCAAUGAGUUCCAGAAUCUGCUCCUGGCCAUCAUGCUCUCAGCCACAUUCACCAUUCCCCUCUGGCAGUGGUUUCUGACCCGCUUUGGCAAGAAGACAGCUGUGUACAUUGGGAUCUCAUCAGCAGUGCCGUUUCUCAUCUUGGUGGCCCUCAUCGAGAGUAAUUUAAUCAUCACAUAUGUGGUGGCUGUAGCAGCUGGCAUCAGUGUAGCAGCAGCCUUCCUACUACCCUGGUCCAUGCUGCCUGAUGUCAUCGAUGACUUCCACCUGAAGCACCCCCACUCCCACGGCACAGAGCCCAUCUUCUUCUCCUUCUAUGUCUUCUUCACCAAGUUCGCCUCUGGAGUCUCGAUGGGCAUCUCCACCCUCAGUCUCGACUUUGCUGGGUACCGGUCGCGGGGCUGCUCCCAGCCGGCACGCGUCAAGUUCACGCUGAAGAUGCUGGUGGCCCUGACGCCCAUAACCCUCAUCCUGCUGGGCCUGCUGCUCUUCAAGCUAUACCCUAUUGACGAGGAGAAGCGGCGGCAGAACAAGAAGGCCCUGCAGGCUCUGCGGGAUGAAGCCAGCAGCUCAGGCUGCUCUGACACAGACUCCACAGAGCUGGCCAGCAUCCUCUAGGGGCCACUGCGCCUCCGGAAGCCAUACAUGGAAGGCUGCGUCACCAGCCCACAUGGGGAUCAGGACCUCUGCCCACUUGCUGAACAGCUGCUCUCCAGGUGCCAAGACAGGGACCAAAGACCGGAACGUGUGCGGCCUGGGACACUCACUCCUGUGUUCAAGGGGGGCUGCCCGUGCUGCGGCUCCUGCCUCCCCUCUGCCCACGCACAGGGCCAAGCCCUGGGCUGCUACUGUGAAUAUGCCAAGGACUGAUUGGGCCCAGCCCAGAACACUAGCAUAGACACUUUUUAUACAGAGACUAAUUAAUAACUUAAUGACCAUGUGUGUACAUAGCGAUAUGUGUAUGUAUAUGUCUGUGAGCUAUUAAUGUUAUUAAUUUUCAUAAAAGCUGGAAAAUGCUU